UGCAAAGAUCCUUUCUGCUUUCCUCUCCUUUAUAUUCUUAAUAUAAUAAAACCCACCACCUCUUAUCUUUCUAGCUCCAACAAUAACAAGAAAAUUAGGAAAACUGGCAUGGCCUCUUCUCUUGUUCUCUCCAAUCUGUUCUCUUCUUCCUUACCUCGCCCUCCCAAUAACCUAAUAAAACCUCGCUGCCCCAUCAUAAUUCCCUCGCUCCAAUUCCAAAAUCUCACAAAUUCAAAAUUUUUUGGACCCACCCAUCGCUUUCCCUCAAAUUCUUUCUCAUUUUCCUGGAAAACUUCGUCCCUUAGUUGCCUUAGAUCAGAUGGGAAUACAAGCAGCCCUGUCUCUGAAGAGGCGCUUGUGGGAGAGGACUCAGCAGCGUUUGAGUUGGGCAAACAGAAGAUACUAUCUUGGAUAUAUUUCAGUGUGAUAUUGGGAGUUGUUUUAUAUGUUCUUGAUGUGGUUUGGAUUGAUAACUCUACGGGAUAUGGAAAGCUUUUCAUUGAUGCUAUUUCAAAUCUUUCAGAGAGCCAUGAAGCUGUAAUGUUGAUACUGAUUUUCAUUUUCGCCACUGUUCACAGUGGCUUGGCUAGUCUCCGUGAUGUGGGUGAGCAACUCAUUGGAGAACGACCAUAUCGGGUUUUGUUUGCUGGGGUUUCUCUUCCAUUAGCUCUUAGCACUGUAGUGUACUUUAUCAACCAUAGAUAUGAUGGAGUUCAGUUAUGGCAGCUUCAGAGUGAUGUAUUAGUACAUCAACUUGUGUGGCUUUCUAAUUUUAUCUCUUUCUUUUUUCUCUAUCCUUCAACGUUUAAUCUGUUAGAAGUAGCAGCUGUUGACAAGCCUAAAAUGCAUCUUUGGGAAACUGGGAUAAUGAGGAUCACAAGGCACCCUCAGAUGGUUGGACAGGUGAUGUGGUGCUUGGCUCAUACAAUUUGGAUUGGAAAUUCUGUAGCUGUUGCUGCAUCUAUUGGUCUAAUUGGGCAUCAUUUAUUUGGUGUGUGGAAUGGAGACAGAAGAUUAGCAAAGCGAUAUGGAGAGGCUUUUGAGGCUGUAAAGAAGCGGACAAGUAUAGUUCCAUUUGCUGCAAUAAUUGAUGGUCGUCAAAAGUUACCCAAAGAUUAUUAUAAGGAAUUCCUUCGGUUGCCAUAUUUUUCAAUUACUGCCUUGACUCUAGGUGCAUACUUUGCUCACCCACUUAUGCAGGCUGCCAGCUCCAGACUUCAUUGGUAAGCAUUUCAUCUUAGUUCCAUCAAAUCUACGGUGGGUUGAAUUGCAAAUGGUUAACUUAAAACAGAUAGGGAUUUAUUCUCAAAAGGGAAAGAUAAUAUCUUCUGUAUACAAUUCUUACUUUGUUGGGAAAGUACAUGAAUGAUGGAUGAUCUCACCCUCGAAGAACUGGAAUCUAAAUGAAUGAAAAUGCCAAAAACCAUAGAAGCCUUUUUAGCAUGUGUAGGCAGAGAUAUUAAGAGGGAGUGUUUAGCUUGGAAAAGGGCACUGAACAAUGUUAUACAAUUAUGCUUACUUAUGUGUUAUUGAAAUGAACAGUGAUUUAUGAAUUUUUCUAGUUGUA